AUGUCAAAUGCCAUACAGAAAUCCGACCAGCUUUGUCUCGUCGUUGACGAAUGGGUGUAUGACCUCAGAACCACAGACUCUGACUGCUCCAGGGUCCAUCUGCAUAUAUCCAAAGUAGUACCUACUACACCUGCGCCACCACAGUCCAAACUCCAGGUACUGAUUGCUGCCCCAGACCUCACCGCUAAUCAAGUCUUGGUCCACCUUGCACAUGACUCCUCUCUCUCGCGCGUCGAUCUGCCUACCAAGCACAUCCUACUCGAAAAUCGGUUGCUUAAUUUUACUCCUAGCUUUCCAGAAGCUCAAGUGGAUAGUGAGGUCGACAAUGCGACACUAUCUGCCACUUACAAGCGCAAAAUUACUCUCUUCCAUCAUAUCUCCAGUCUACUUCGUGUUCUUCCCUAA